GGGUGACAGAUUAAUAUGCAUGAGGGCAGCAGGAAUAUGCAUGUGUGUGAGGGUAUGUGCGUGUGGAUGAAGGGUAUCGUAUGUACAGAAGGAUAGAUGGUUUCAGUGAGAAUAGAAAGCGGGUUUUUCCACGCGAGGGUACGCAUGUAUCACUGGUUGCAUGUGUGGGCGGAAGGAAGGACUUGCAUACGGGAGCAAUAUUAGCUCAGGGAGCCCCUGAAGUAUUCCGAUACCUUUCCCCCCUGCAAGACCCCAUCCUGGAAAUAGAUCCCGGCUGAGCGAGCUGACUGGUCUCCCUUAUUAAUCCCUAGUUGGUAGCGAGCUGGCUUCACAGGUUUACUAGCUGGCUCGCAAACAGGCAGGGACCUGUGGCUACCGUAGGUAAAUCAGGGUCCAUGCAUACACCGGGUCGUGGAUUCGCCCCCUAGACGGCCUCUCCGUCAGCAUGAAGAUUUAAAAUCCACUACCUGAAAGCUUACUAUAUAUAUCAACCAAUGAAUGGAGAGGCCACAACAGGUAACCUUGACCCUGAAGCAAUUAAGAAAGAGGUCAAGGAGGAUGAUCAGUCAAUGAAUGGGGAGGCGUCAACAUCGUCUGUUGCCACGCGAUCCAGUGUUUGGACAAGGUCAAGUGUGGAGAAGUCGAUGAUUACUGCGACGGCCACACCUUCCAAUAAAGACAAGUAUACAGUACAGGUAGUCACGAAAUUUAUGUGCAGAUUUUGUGCACGGCAGUUUGAUACGCCAGUCGAAAUGCAGAACCACAUAGCGACACACUCGAGGGGUAAGUCAACAUCGCAUUCUUGUUAUGUUUGUGGGAAAACUUACUCGACACCGUCAAAAUUACAACGCCAUGUUAGAGUACAUAGCGGAGAACGGCCGUACGCGUGCAAUAUCUGUGGUCGCAGAUUUACUCGCUCCGAUCACGUCAAACAACAUCUGAAGGUUCAUAUGCCUCAGAAACAAAGAAAUGUUUGUCGCCUCUGUGACAUGAAGUUUCUGCGCCGUCAAACCUUACACUCCCACCUGCAGCAGAGUCAUGGAGUCUCAACAGUGUUUACUUGUCACCGAUGCGGCGAGGCGUUCGACUUGAUCACGCAGCUUCAUACUCAUAAGGAAAGUCAUCUGUCUUUGUAUCCCCCGACAACUGAGGUCACAGAAAAUGGUGUGAUCAUCAAAAAAGAGCCCAGUAUACCAGAAGAUGAUGAAAAUCCUGUCACUGGCCUUGCUAAAUUUAGUUUGGGCCCCCAGCCCCAAGUUCCCGAAGAUUUCUCUGGAAAACGGGAUACAGUGCCUCAGAAUAAUGUUCACCGCAUCGCAGCUAAAGAUGAAAAAGCCAAUGGUCUACCAGCCGAUUUCCAACUCAGUGAAGAUAUUGCUAUGGAGAGCAUCAUCAAAGAUGCCAUUUCAAACGCUGUGCAGAAUGAGAUGGAACUCUCUUCAUAUGGAGGUGGGGAUUCAGAGAAGAAGGAAGUAGAAUCUUUUGGUGAGAAUAAUGCGAGCGAAGCAAACAAUGGCGACGGAUACAAUGAAUAUCAGUCCACGACUACUUUCACUGAUGAUAUGAACAUGUUUAUUUUACCGUCAGACCUGAAAAAAAUCAAACAGGAACCAAAAGAUGCUGAUGAGAUUGAAGUACCUGUGGAUGCUGCAGGUAACGGGACGUCAAGUGACUUAAGUAAGGAAUGUCAAACUAUGGAUGAUGAUGAUGACGAAUCGGACGAGGGUGAGAAAUCUAAAAACAACGGCAGUAAGAUAAACGAUAAAAAUGAAGAAAAAUCAGUAUCAAAGACAAAUGAACAAGAAAUUUCAAAUUCUAAAGUUCAAAAUAAUGAUUCUACGACCCCAAAGCUUCAGGAAGUGGUGGUGGGGCCUCGCUCAUCCACCGGGGUGAAGAAGAUGAAAUUUAAAGUUAUUGGACCAGCAAGCUACAAGGCAGCCAUGCAACAGAAGUUACGAGCCAAAUUAAAGUCGUACGUUCCAAUUUCUACCAUCAACGCUGUCAGUUCUAGCCCCGGAAUAACCACAGGCGUUACAGAAAAUAGUUCUAAUGUAACAAAACUGGUAAAUUCCACUCGAACAGCCUGGGGUAGCACCCUGACAACACUUCCAGCGGGUCCAAGUACGGUCAACAAAGUACCUGCAGGAACUCAGGUGAAAAAGAUGAUGCGGUGCGAGCAUUGCUGUAUAUGGUUUGAGGAUUAUGCCAUGAGUUUGUUGCACAAUUCCCUUCACUCCGCGGAUGAAUCGGAUCCCUUCACCUGUAGGAAAUGCUUGAAGAAGCUUGGGAAUCGCCUCGAGUUCACGGCACAUUUAGUGUGGCACCUCGAACCUACCAUGGAUGGUUAAAUGAGGAAUACUCAUGAGAAGGUCAUCUUGAUCUAAUAUAUAAAUUCAGAUAUUCAUGUAUUUUUCAACUAUUGAGCAGGUUGUUUUUGCGAACUCAUGCUGUAUAAUCUGAAAUAUUCGUAUUUAUUUACAUUCAUUCCUGAGUUUUGCCGAUACAGGGAAAUAACAAAAUUAUGGUUUUACAAAUAUGUGUAAAAAUUAACCCUUUCACCAAUGUAGACCAUAAUGGACACAUCCAGAUCAAUGCAUGGUAGAAUAUAAUCUACUAAAUUUACAUCGGGAGAAGGGUUAACUAACUUUACACUCAUGGACUUACUAAACUCAUUCACCCCUGAAAUAUCAUAAUGAACUAUAUAUAUUUCAACCUUUGAGUUGGAAGAGUUCAAAUGUGUCGUAGGGAGUGAAUAAUUUAAAUCACUUAUAAAUCCCUCUACAAAAUGGUUUGUAAACGUGAAACUACAAACCGUAAUACCCACAAAUAUUUCAUUUUAUACAGAGUGUUUAUUGUUUAACUUUAAGUUUCAAAAACAACCUAUAUAUAUACAUGUUUAUGGUUAUUCCAUACCUGUUAUUUUCCCUAACAAUAGUGCAUAUAUUUUUAGUCAUUGUGUAAUAUUUUCUUGUGAUAAUUCUCAUAGUUCUUACGUAUACGUGUCUGUUGUGUUUACUCUGACACACAAAGUUCACGUUUUGAAAAUUUAAUCACGUUCGGUGUUAAAGAUAUUUAAAUUAUUUAUUUAUGUUCAGUAUUAUUUGCUCAAAAUAUCUAUUGGUGUGAUUUUCUUUGUGAUAAGAAAGAUAUUCUUUGUUUAAUUUAUAAAAACCUAUGUAUAGCUAAAUAUUCCUUCGUGUUUGCCAGUUACAGAAUUAGUGAUAUUUUUGUCUGUGUUUCCUAACUGUUUCACACAGCGGUCGAUUGUUCUGCUAAUUUAAUUUGCAUCAAUGUUAGAAGUUGUUUUUUUCCUUCAUACGACCAAAUGAAAAGAAAAAAAAAGUUUCUUAUUCUAUUACCAUUCAUUUCUUUUCCCAUUAAGUCUUUUCUAAAAACUGAAUUUGACUCAUUUUUUCUGGGAAUUUGAAGGAGGUACUGUAUAGUUGUUUAGUUGGGGGGGGGGGGACUACAUCAUGUAUAUUUCAGGGUUGUCUUUAUCAAAACAGAUGGAUAGCUGCCUAUACUUUCGUACGCCGGUAUCCACUAAAGUUUGAAACAUGAAAAUACUUUUGCUUUUUGCAACCCCUGAAGCUUGUGUCCCUAUCAAGUCCAGCCCUUGACCCACUCCUUAAUUAAUGAAUCCACGCCAAACAAGGGCUGGAUACAACCCAAAACAGUUUCGCAGGAAUUUAAUUUUGUUCAACAUUGUUAUAUAAAUACACAGCACUCACAAAGGUACUUUUGUAUUCUAAUGAUGGGAUUUACAAUGUGAAACACCGCAAAUACAAAAUUGAAUUGUUGUUUUAUCAUCCUAUUCUGCAUUAAAAUUAAAAACAGUUAUUUUCUUUUAUAUGUGUAUAUUCAUGGAAAAGUUACUUUAAAAACAAAAUAGUUUGCGUAAAAUGUAUUAGAAAGUGAAGAUAUGUUUUACCUCACUAACUUAUUAGCUCAUAAAGUUUGAAUGCAGAUAGCUCUGUUGAUGUGCUUAUAGUUUCAUAUUUUAUUAUCAUUAUUGUCAUGAUAAUGAUAAUUUCUGUCUAUGGUAAGUUUAGAUAAUAACAUGUUGAUAAUGUUAUUGAAAUAAUGGAGAAAGCUGAACACAAAUCAUGAAAACUAAAUUCCAUAGAAAAAAAUAUCCUAUUCUGUAAGGGUUGUUCAUAUGCAUUCUUCUUUACAAUCUUAUUAAUUGAAAUAAUUUUUCAAAAAUGCAUGUUUCAUCAACUUCAUCCCUUCACACUUAUCAUCAAAAAAUGUUUUUAAAGCUUUUGUAUUGUUUAGUAGGAGUAAGAACAACAGCUAUGUGGUACAUGGAUCCAACUCGGUAAACAGUAUAAGAGACUGGUUCAGGUAUUGCCAGUUUAUGAGAACUGGUGUAUAUAAUUAAACAAAUUUGAAAUUCAUUGGUAAAAUCUUAUUUAUUAAGGAAUUAAGUCAACUUAAACAUCGCAAAGAACUUUGAAAUAAAAAAAUGUACCUGAUACAAAAGUAUUUGUUAAAUUUUUAGAAGUUGAAAAAGAUCAGAUGUUUGUAAAUGUAGACAAUGUGUAUGCAUGGCGAACAUUUAACUUACAACAUUGAUGGUGUUUGCCAUUAGUAAAAUCUUACUUGUUAAAGAAUUAAAAUAACUUAAACAUUGCAAAGAAUCUUUGAAAUAAAAAAAACAUUGUUAGAGUAUUUGCAUUUCACCUACAUGAAUGAUGGUGUUUGUUUGAGCUGUUGUUAGUAAUUUGUUUGUUAAAAUGGUAGCCACGGUAUAUUUUAAUCCAUUGACCCCUAAAGUCACACAUAAACUCUUCCAAGACAAUGAAUUGGACAGUCUAUUGUUAAAAUCGAGGUGUGAAUGAGUUUAAUUAAUGACAUAAUGCAUACAAACUUGAGAAAUAUUUUGAUAUACAUUAAAACAAAGAAAGUUAAACAUUAACACUUCCUGGUAAUCACCAAUGGAUUAAAUAAAAUACUGUUUAUAAUGUUUAUAAUUUGUCCAUGCAAGUGGAAUAAAGAACAGUCGCCACCCAGAGUUGUUGUUCCUUACACUGGCUUACACUGUAAAUAUUUACAGUGUAAUAUUUACAUUACAGUGUAAUAUUUACAGUGUAAUAUUUACAGUGUAAGUGAGUAUAAGGAACAGCACAUCUGGGUGAGGAUUGAUUGAAAGUUGUUGAUUUCGGAGACGAGGACAAUACACAUGCCAAAUUGAAUAUUUUAACCCUUUCACCCCUAUGUAAUUUGAGUAGACUCUAGUUACCAUGCAUUGAUAUGGAUGAGUCCAUUAUGGUCUACAGUGGUGAAAGGGUUAAAGACUACCUUUCCAGAGCUGUUAACUCCAUGUAAUCGUUCAAUCAUUCAUGGGUAGUAUUAAUUCCAGGAGGAUAUUUCGGCUAUUGUCCUGUGGCAACAAAUGACUACCUCAAAAUUGUUGUAGGGGCCUCGUUUGUAGUUAAAUUCCCUAUUCAUCUAGGUAUAUCUGAAGGCAUUUAUUCAAGUGACUCCUCGCAUUUACCCCCCAGAUCAAAUGGCCCUCAUGUGCAUACAGUUACGUGGUAAAUGGCAACAAUUAGGGCGAAAUAAUGGUAUCUACCACUGGGCUUAUUGGCUUAUUGACGGUAAACCUGACGGCCCUAUUAAUUAGAAGUAAUAAUGGUUUGGACUAGGGAUUUUUUUUUAUUACAAAGUUGCAUUGUAUAUUAAUUUGCUAAACAGAGUUGGAUCUAGUGGGAGGGACCUUGGGGUCUUGGGUACAGCUUCAUACUUCCAUACAUUUAUUAAAAUAAAUAAAUGAAUAAAAAUGAAAGAAAUGAAACGGCAUAGACACUAAAAUGGUUAUUUACCCAUAAACAUUGAAACUUACUACAUUUUUUCCAUCAAUAUUCAUUUUUUAUUUCAUCACUCACUUUAAAAUUUAUUCUUAUACAGGAUGUUUGUAAUCCAAAUAGGUAAAAAUAGAAUAAAAGGUGAUAAGUACCCCUUACAACAUUUCUGGAUCAGUUCCAGGUAUACAGUAAUAUUAUAUGGGGAGCGGAGUGGAUGCAAGCUAUAGCGUUUGUUAUUUGGUCUCCAGAUGUGUUUUGAGUUGUAUCUGCACUGGUUGUGCUGUGUUGAAUGUUAUGUAUGUUGUCAUAAUUUAUUGUUAUAAGAUUAUCUCAAGGGCACUCAGUAUAGCUAAGGUCAGAAGUUCGUUAUAUAGAUAUUGCUCUAUGGGUCACAAUGCAAUUGUCAUACCUGACGAUUGUUUGUGUGACUAGAAGAUGUACAUGUGUUGAUAAUGUUCAUUGUAGUCUGCAUGUACACAUCUACCAUUUUCUGACAUUUCAGGUUAGAGAAAAAUCAGAUUGAAUUCAGUCUUGGAAUACUUGUUUGUUGAAGUCAGAAAUCAACACGACAUUUUAUUUGACUCAUGCUUAGAACUAAACACAUAUUUGACCUUUGCAAUACUGAGUGACCUUGACCUUAUUUGUUAUCAUUGAAGAGAUUAUAAUUAUAUUACAUUUAACCAAGAAUUUAUGUCGUGUAAACAUGUUUUAUAGAUAAGUAGUACAUAUAUAAGCUAACUAUUAUUUAGCAGAUAUAGACGUAUGAUUUCAGUUUUAUUUAUUAGUGCAAGCGAGUUGGAAUUUAAUUUCUUAAUAUUUUAUUUAACACGUCUGAGAAGAGUUAAUGUUGCAAGUUUUGAUGAUCUGCAUUUGUACACGCAUGCAUUGCAAGGAUUCGAAGCAAGAACCAUUGAAACGGUCAAUGACGGAAACUUGAAGUUCCAUAAAUUUCUUGUAUUCCUUUCGCAUUUGUCUGAAUCAGUUAAUGCAAUGUUUGUUUUCCAUAAAAUGAAAUAUUAAGACUAUUUUAAAUUUAAGAUAUCAAAUGGUUUGUAACUUACCUAAAUAAUGUCAACGAGAACAUUAUAUUCAUACGAUAUUUCGUAUUUAAAACUCAUUAAUGCUCAAUAUGAAUUAUGUACUAAAUACGAAACUAAUUCGUUAUCAUCUUAGUUAUUCUGUUGGAGUGAAAAACGGCACUGCAUUCAUUGGGUCCUUAAUAGUUAGUCGUUAGCUUUAUUCCUUAUUUUUAAAGACGCGACAAAUACUGAAAUAUUUUUGAAACGGUGUCGAUGCUCAUGAAUUUCCAGUUAAAAUGUCCUCCAAUUUGUUCGUUAUAUUUUUGUCGUUUAUUUUUAUUUUUUUCUGCAGUGUAUCAAAUAAACACGAAAAUGUCUACGUUUUAAUUGCACGAAUUAAAAAAACAACAGUUUCUACACCAAGCACUUAUCAAAUGAAUGCAAAAUAUUUGUGAUAAACUUUCUUUUAAAGACAACAGUCUUCUAUAUAUAAAUCAUUGAUAAGUAGCAGAAAACAAAUUUAUGUUGCCGAUUUGAAAUAUCAC